GUUUGUGGAUGGAAGUGUAAAUUCCGACAAAGGAUAUUUCAGUCCGUAGAGAAAUUACUUUUGAUAUUGAGGGAAUACGCUCCUCCGAACGCUUAGCGCAAGGCCACAAAAUUGAAGGCAUGGUUGAUGAUUUGGAACCUUGUGAAAUCCGUUCCAGCAGUGAGCUGUGGUCCGAAAUUUGUUCCGAGCUGCCCAACCAGCAGCCUGAAUGUGAUGAGAUGGAAGAGUUUAUGGAUUCAUUCCAACCCCAGACCCAAGAGACAAAUGGCACAAGUGCUCCCCUCCACCCAUGGGCACCUUUGGCCGACUCAGCAGUGUACAUUGCUACUUUAGAGAAUCGGCUAAGAAGAAUCAAAGGCCUGACCCAGGAGGUAACUUCACAGGAUAUGCUUCGGACUCUCUCUCAGGCUAAAAAGGAAUGCUGGGAUAGAUUUCUUCAUGAUGUGCCAGGAUCAGAUUCAUUCUACGAUAGUACUGACAUUGAUCAGAGCGCUUUCGAGCAACUGAAGCGCUGGCUGCAACCAGAGAAGGUUGCCAUUAACACAGAGGAGCUGGAGUACCUCCUCUUCCCUGGACACAGAGAGGAAGGGCAAUCAGAAGAAGGGCUGCAUGCUGGGACUGACAAGGAGCUGGAGGACAAAGAUGAAAGUCAGAGCCCUGAAAAAUAGGUCCAUUCCAAAGUACUAGGCUGUGGACACCCACUGUGUGUGUAACUGAGCUCUUAGUCUUAAUUGAGAUUAAUUUCUUUAAAUGAAAUUUCUACAUUCAAAUCUCCCAUUUAUUCAUUUCUGAGUCAUGUUAAACCAAAUUCCUGUUAGGCAUGAAAUAAUGUAGUUAUGGUGUUAAAAGUGUUUCUGUAAAUUUUAUCCGGUAAAAUUAAUUUUUUUAAAUUAAUCAAUACUUCAUGAAUAUGCAUUUUUUUCUUAUCCUAUGAAUAAUUAAGUAUUGUUUAAAUGUUUUAAGGAUUAAAUAAUUCCACUGGUCCUUAAGUAACCCCUUACACACUUGAAUAAUGCAGUUUAUUCAAUCAUCCAGUUAGUCAUGGCUAACUGAUUAAAAGCUGGUAUGUAUCAAAAACCAGCACACACAGUGGUGUGCCAGGACCAGGACCGGGAAACCUUGCUUUGAUUCUUGAAUAUGCAGCAGUGUGUAACCCAUCAUCACACAUGAUCACAGACUCCAAAUAGCACUAAACUAAUGCUGCUACUGUAUACAUAAAUUGUACACCUAUCUAAUGGGAAUAUGAAGCUUAUAGAAGAAUUUUUUUUCCCUCAGAACUGUAUUUUCAGUGUGCAAGCCAUCUGCUCUUAAUCCAUUCCUGAAAGUGGGGUGGAUAACAAAAAUACAGAUAGCGGGAGUCCAUUUCCCGUUAUUCCUUAUUGGGAAAUUAUAGUUGGUUCUUAGCCCAUCGCGAAAACCCUAGCUAACUUUGACAAAUGUCUCUGAAAAUCAUAGAAAAACACUUCAGAUAGUAAUAAAUUAACAAUAAUAAAGUACAAGAGUACAUGAUUCAACAUUUAUUUAAUUUUCCCAUAAAAAUUGUAACCACCCAUCCGGAUUGUGUUGACAUGGAGACAGAAGUGUCAGAACACGAGGUUUAUUGUGCCUCAAAAUUAUUAGACAACAGUGCUCAACACACACACAGGCAAAGGCUGUUGACCAACUGAACAACACAAGACUCAUUACUCUCCCAUAACUCACAGGCACAGCAUAACAGCACAGCUGCUGCUCCCUUCAUCACCGUUUCAGUAUGUUUGUAGCAUUUUGUAUGCAGUAAGAAAGUAUAACA